UAUGACAGAUUUGUGUGUGCAGUCUGUGAUGAGCCCUCGUUGGGGGAACCUGAUGUGAGGGCGUGGAAUCGACAACACCAGUUACUGAUUGCUGUUGCCGUGGAGCUCGGUGUAAAUACCACUCACCCAACACAAUACAAUCGGAUCUGUGCAACAAACAAAAACAAACAAACAAACAAAAAAAUCCUGCAGCAGCCAUAUUUCAUCGUUGCGGAGGAUACCAAAGCAAGAAUGUAUACAUGAAAUCGACUGAGGGUCCCAGUGGUUCAUCUGGCAAAGUACUACCAACGUGGAGUAGAGGGCGAGUUGUACAAUCAGGGGUCUGCUGAUUUCAAUACUAGUCAUGAAAAGUUCUGCCACCGUUAAAGGCAGCACACAGCCAACAUGGAUUCCCCAAGAUCGAACAAGUUGCAUGAGGACAACCGAGAAACAGAAAGGAGCCUGCACUCUCAUAGGAGCACCGACCAAGACAGUGAAGCCUCUUAUAAGACCAAACACGACAGCGACCAGGUGAAGGCAGACCGCAAGAGCACUAUGGGAGACAGGGGGAGGACUAGAACCCGGGAACACGAUCACAACUCGCAUUACGACAAGAACAGUGAUUCUUAUUAUUCAGACGAUUACGAUCAUGACUCCUAUGAAUCUGAUCAUUCCCAUUCACGAUCCAGAACUCCCAGCCCCAGGAGGACAGAGCUCAUGAAACGGAUCUCCAGCAGCCCAGCUCACAAACAAGGACUGAAGAAGAAAGGCACAAGAAACCUCACAAACAAAACCAGGGGGCUGCAGAAGUGGGGUUUCCGCUCCCAGAGCCUGAACAAGGAGCCCUUGCCCAAGGACCUGGACCUCGUGACUAAACGCAUGCUGUCUGCACGGCUUCUGAAGAUAAACGAACUGAAGAACGAGAUGUCGGAGCAGCAGCUGCGCUUGGAGGAGCUGCAGAAGGAGAACAAGGUGCUGCGCCGGCUGCAGCACCGGCAGGAGAAGGCCCUCAACAAGUUUGAGGACACGGAGAGCGAGAUUGCGCAGCUCAUAUCCAGCCACAGUAACGAAGUGCGCACGCUCAGGGAGCGGCUGCGCAAGUCGCAGGAGAAGGAGCGCACCACUGAAAGGCGGCUCAAGGAUUCGGAGGAGGAGCUGUAUUGCAUCAAGUCCUCCCUGCAGAAACUACGCAAGCUGGCUGAGGAUAAGCAGCUAGCUGAGCGGGAUGAGCUGGCCCGAAAAUUGGCCCAGGCGGACGCACGACUGGAAGACAACGACAGGAGGGUUAAGGAUCUGGAGAAAAACUUGGAGUUGAGCAACAGUAGUUUUCAGAGGCAACUUGCAGCAGAGAGGAAGAAAGCACAUGAAGCUCAGGAGGAUGCCAAAAACAUGCGGGACGAACUGGAGCGACUCAGCCACAAACUCAAGGAAAAGGAAAGGGAACUUGAUACAAAAAACAUCUAUGCUAAUCGGAUGCUGAAACCAUCUCCUAAGAAAGACACUGACAUCACCCAAAGAAAGAAAGCACUAAACCGGAACACUACAAAAGGAGUGCAGACUGAUGAGAACUUGUUGGCCGUUGAGUUUCCUCCUCCACCUCCUGCUAUUACUGAUGAGACAAUAGAUCCAGAAGAAGAUGAUUAUUUUUCAUUGAAGGAUAAGAGUCAUCAAGCUGUACAGGGCAGAGCAACAGUCUCUGGUCCAUCAGUCAGAAAGACACCACAGCGCAAAAUUAUAAAGGAGCAAGAGAACAAGGAGAGGGAGGCAGCGGAGCGCCUGCGAGUGGCCAAGGAGAGGCAGGAGCGGGAGAAGGAGAGAGAGGAGAAACUGAGGAGGGACCAGGAGCAGCAUGCACUGGAGGACAAAGCUAGGAGACUCAGGGAAGAGUGGGAGAGGGAAGAAAUGGAACGAAAGAGGAGAGAAAAGGAACUGUACCAGCAGCAGCAGGAGGAGAGGGAGAGGAAGCUGAAGAACCAGGACCAGCAGAGCCUGGAGGAAGAGCGGCGUAAGAAGGACCUGCUCUUGGCCAGGAUGAGGGAGGUCGACCUCGAGAACCAGGGCCCUGAUAUCUUCUCAGAUUUCUCCAGCACCAAACCGGCGACCCACUCUCAGGCAGACCAAACACAGAAAAUCUUAAAGUUCUCUGAGUCGGUGAACAACCUCCAUAGCGGCGUUCCAUCUCACAGAAGCAGCGACUCCAUCAAGAAGCCUGACUCUUCCGGUCGCAGAGCCAUCAAGACCGUGGACUCCAGUGAGGACCUCACAUUUGGCAGCUACGCUCCUUCUUUUGGGAAGACAUCCGGAAGGACUGGGCUUUCCAGCAAAAAGAGUGAAAGCCCUGAAGAGAAGGACAAGGACAACUUUGACACCGCUUUUGGGAAUAACAAGAAAUCAAAUCUGAUGCAACAGUUGUUUGGUGCCAGUGCCAAUGUCGACGUCUCUACUUUAGAAAUUUUGAAUCUGCCUGCAGCAAGCAAGACCACUCAGGACACCGGUGGAGCCUUCCCAUGGGAGAAAAGCAGCCCAGCCAAGAAGAAAGAUAACUAUCCAUUCUUUAAUGUGGGCAAAACACCAAGCGCCAACAUGAGCCGGCCACACAUUGCAGCAGACAGACCUGCAGUAAGGGCCAUCAAUUCUUUAGAGGAUGAAAUAGAAGAACUUAUACUUUAAACAGAUUUGUAAUAUUUUACAGCAUUCUGAUAUAUUUCAAAAUAGUCCUGCAAAUUAGAAAUAAUUUCUAUAUUGUAGAAGGUUUUUUAUUGAUUAUAUAUAAAUAUAGUAAAUGCCUUAUGAAGGAAUAAGCUGCUUACAUGUCACUUGUAUGAUAGCUAGUGUGUGUAACUGGUAAUAUUUUGGAAACGCAUUUGUUACUUGUAGUUUCUAUUUGCACUUGAUGGUUUAUUUAAGGGAAGAUUGGAGGGCUCUGAUUUAAUAAUUUUGAGCUACUAAGCAUCCAAUUUGUGACAGUACUUACAAUUGAGCCAAAUCAUAUGUAUUUGUUAUUAUUGUUGUGCAGAUUUCAUAUCUUUUGAAGGUGAACGUAGCUACAGGAAGGUAGGGAUUAGCCAGACAAUCUAAGGCAUCAACAAUCAGAUUUAAAAUUUUGUGUUUUAAAUGAAGAUUUCAUUGGUUGAAGAUAAACACUAAUACUAUUACUUGGAAUGUUUUAUGUGUUCCAUUUGAGUGGUCAGUGGGGAAUGCUGUUUGGUUGUCCUGAAUUGUGUCCCACAUGAACACAAUUGGAAAUAGUGUAGCAAUUUAUAUUUAAUUUCAAUGAAGAAAUUUAUAAAUCCCCCCCCCCCCCCCCC